AUGGCGGAGGAAGGGAAGAGGCGGGAGAGGACGACGACAGAGCUGGAGCUAGAGGUGGAGAGACUUGAAGCGACCAACUUGAACCUCAAGCUCAGAGUCUCUCAGCUCGAGGAAGCGCUCGAAGAGGCUGCCCUGAGCGAGCCCAGCUCGCUGUCAGCUACCCCCGUCAAGAGCAAGGUCGCGAGGCUCCCAGAGGAUGGAGACAGACUUCGGGCGAUCGAGAGUGAAUGGCUCAAGGUACAGAAGCUGCACGAGGAAGUGUUCCAGCUGCGAGCUGAACUCGAGCUUGGGAAGCUGCCGAGCGAGGAGAGGAACGGAGCUCUCGAGGGAGAACUUCACGUGGCGCGAUCAAACGCGAAAGAGAUGCAACGGCAGAAGGAGGAGGCUGAAGAGAAGCUGCGAAGGUCGCAAGAGCUGAACAAGCGGGCGGAAGAAACGAUCCGAGUGCAAGCACGCGAGCUAGAGGACUUGAGUCGUCAGGUUCAGUCGAGCCAUGACAGCACAGCAGAUCGAGCGUUGCUGCUCGACCGGAUAGGAAAGCUGGAGGAAGCCCUCCGAAACAAACUUGAGAAGAGAAAGAAGAAGGUAAAACUGUGGAAAACAAGAGCAGCAAAUAUCGAGAGGCAUGCGUUCACCAGCAAGGUUGUGCUGCGACUGGAGGCAGAGGCGAAGACUCUGAGACAGAGAAUCGAAGAGCUGCAAGCUCAGUCACAGGAGUACAAGCGUGAGAUGGACAUGCUCACUAUUUGUAACCCGGGGAACUCACUCUCCUUCUCCUUCCUCCCUCCUCCCGAUCAGACCCAGGGAGAUGAAGCCGAGCAGGAAGACAGAAAAAAGCGAAGCUCGCGGAGGAAGCGAAGCGCUCGGGACGACUCGCUGCAACUCGUGGAGACCCUCGCAACCCGAAUGGCUCAAGUGCUGACGAGAGAGGAGGAGAGAGCGACGGAGAAGUUGGAGCAAGGACAUGAAGAGGAGGAAAGGAUGCGAGUAGUAGCUGAGCUUCAGCUCAAGGUCAGCGAGCUUGAGAGUUUCCUUGCUAGGAAAGAAGAUGUCCUCAGGGCGACUACCGACGAGCUCUCCCUGUGCAAGAGCAAGCUAGCUCGAGCGAGGCAGCACAACGUCGCUAACAAGGGUUCGCUGAAGCUCUGGGAGGACAUGCUGAAUCGCGGGCAAGAGGAGCCGGUGGACAAGCCUCGAGCUCCUCAGGUCUCGCGAGUCCGGAUGGGAGCAGAGCGAGAGGAGAUUGACCUACGCAAGCGAGUGGGACAGCUGGAGCUUGAGUGCGCGAAGUACCUGGAGCUGCUGUCGCAGCAGGGCAGACUAGUGGAGAUCGAAGGAGAAGAGACAGGGAGGCGACACGUGGACCUGCUGCUGCUUGAGAGUCGAAUGCACCGCCGCGAUCAUCUGCUGCAGGCUAUCGAUCACAACAUGAGGGAGCUGCUUCAUUCCAUAGCUCGCAGAGGAGAAAAAUUGCCUGCUGGGCUCUUGGGGGACGUAAAGGAGGAGGAGCAGGAGGAAGACAGCUUCGAGAGGCUGGAAGCUCGCCUGGAAGAGACUUGUGCUUACCUGUCGCUGGUGCCAUCCGACUGCAGGAAGAGCUCGAGCUGUGGGAGGCGUCCAUGUCCUCGAUGA